UAAUUACCAAAACACAAAUGGCAAUAUGGCUGCCACCGGGCGACUCGUGUCAAGGUUGGCGAUGGUGACGGGUGGCGGCAGUGGGAUUGGUCGUGCGGUUUGCCAUCGCCUGGCCUCCGAGGGCGCCUCAGUUGUGGUCGCUGACGUCAACGAGGCGUCUGCCAAUGAGACACUUCAAAGUCUGCCCGGUGACCUCAGGGGUCAGGCCCACAUGGCUGUGGCGGCAGACGUGGCAUCAAAAGAGAGCAUUAAAAACGUGCUCACAAGUAUCCAAGCUCGCUACUUCCAGCCGCCCUCAGUGUGCGUGAACGCGGCAGGCAUCACCAUGGAUAACUUUCUACUCGACAUGGAGGAAAAUGACUUUGACACGGUGGUUCAGGUCAACCUAAAAGGCUCCUUUUUGGUUAUUCAGGCUGUCGCUCAGGCCCUGGUAGCCUGUGGAGCUGCCAAAGGAUCAAUCAUCACUGUGGGCAGCAUUGUAGGCAAAGUGGGAAACAUGGGACAGGUCAAUUACGCCGCCUCAAAAGCUGGAGUGGAGGGUUUAACCAGGACGGCCGCCAAGGAGCUCAGUAGGUUUGGGAUUCGAUGUAACUGUGUGUUGCCGGGGUUUAUAUCUACGCCCAUGACGGACAAAGUGCCUGAGAAGGUGAUCUUCAAGACUGGAGAACGGAGAUUGGAGGAGGACCGUCGAGAUCGUAGACAUUCUGCAGCACACUCAUUUCCAUCUUUAUUUCAAUGGUAAGCGUCACCUUUUUCCUUUUUUCACAACCUGCACUAACCUUCUUGGAACCUGUGUUGAUUUCUCUCACAAGAAAAUCUGCUGUGCGUCUGUCUUGUGGCAAAACAAAGAAACUGCGGCGCUGUCAUAAAACGUUGAAUUUCUAGCUUAUCGUUGGAUGUAGAAACAAAUGGCGAGUCAAAUUUUACGUCGGAUGUUGAAAAGAUCGUGUGUCGAAGUGAUCGUAUAUUGAGGUACUACUGUAUUAUUAUUUGUUUUUGCCAGGAAAUAUAUCGGUAGACCCGAGAAAAAGCAAUGUUACGCUGAAAAAUCUUCCCUUUCCAAAGUCUUACCUUCUCUCCUGGGGGUCCCAUGGCACCCUGAGGUCCUGGCAUUCCCUAUUGCAAAAAAACACAAACGCACCUGUUAAAUAUGUUGAAUACAACAAAGAUAUAAAAGUGUUGUUGUCCUACCUGAGUUCCUGAUGUCCCCUGCUGACCUGGAGGUCCGGGCUCACCUUGAGGACCCUAUUACCAGAAGAACAGUUGAGCAUGUCAACACGUGACUGAACACGAGGGUCGGAAAUUAAAGAGGUGGCAAGACACUGACCAGGUUGCCUUUGGGACCAACGGGUCCAUCGUUUCCUCGAACUCCCUAAGAGAAGGAAAGGAAAGCAGGGUCAGGGAAGUAUCUAAGCAGUUGUAACAAUAAGAUCAAAACUUGUGCCUCACAGGAGGUCCGGGAAUUCCUGGAGGACCUUUGGGGCCAAGCAAACCACGAGGUCCCUAGAAGAAAGCGAAAAAACAAAAAAAUCACACGUUAAAAGAAAAACUAGACAAUCUUGCAUGCUCUGAGAGCACCACAAAUUAUAGCCUCUGAAAUGAGCCUUUUCACUAAGCGGGUGCUAAGGGCAACAUCCUGUUUCCUACAAAUAAUCCAACUUGCAACAUAACCGUGUCUACAAGGGAUCCACUUUUGGGGACAUGCAUCGACGUAAAACACUUACUGCUUCACCGGGGAGACCUCUGGGUCCGACCUCGCCGUCAUCACCCUGAGGACACAGGCAAUGUCUUGGUUGGAAAAACGGGAAAAUAUCCUUCUGAUUUGAUAAAUGUCUAGAUUACUAUGUCUCUACCCUCUCGCCGUCCUCUCCUUGAGGUCCAGGGGGUCCCAAUGCUCCAGUGUCACCCUAUGGAAAAGAACAUGAUUAAGACUCAGAAUAUUAUGAUCUUGAAAUUGUCCGUCAUGCUUGCUAAAUGCUCACCCUGUGUCCUUUGUCGCCUGGCAAACCAGGAAGACCGUCAAAGCCACGAUCACCCUGUAGUGACGACCAAGAUGUUAAUGACUACCCAGAUUACUUCAGGCGUUGGAAUUGUUAAUGGUACUACCUUAGUACCGGGCUCUCCAGGCAUUCCCCGGGCUCCAUCAGCUCCGGCACGGCCCUGUCACACAUGGGCAGUUAGGAAAGCGGCCUUGUCGAGCAUGCCAUUUUGCUUCAAUUUUUCAAAUACUCACUCUCCUUCCUGCUUUGCCUGGAGGUCCCAUCAAACCUUGAGCUCCCCUGGGCCCCUUGAAGUGCACAGAGAAGGUUCAGGAUGCUGCUCUCAAAGAGGCGAAUGUCUCAUGUUUUUUGACAGUUCUUACCUGAGGACCGGGGUCUCCACUUUCUCCUUUUAGACCAUGACUUCCUGGAUUUCCCUGAAAGAAACAUAUGCAUUGUCUAUAGUUGAACUCAUAUGAAAUAACAUCUUUGAAUCAAAUGAGAUCCUUGGAGGUAUACCAGAGGUCCGGGACGUCCUGUGAAUCCCAUUGGUCCAGGAGGACCUUUCAAAGCCAUCUGCAAUGGACAGGAUAAUCGUAAUUAAUGACAAUGGCUAUGGAAGUUUAUUAGCAAAUAUAUAUAUUGUAGUUUGUAUAUGAUCACGCUAUGUCAGGGACAUGCUGCAAAAGAACCUCACUCUGGCUUGAGACAAGAUGGCAGCUGCUUGGGCUUCCUGUGCUGACACAACGGGACCUUUAUCUCCUCCACUCUGGCCAAAGCGGAACUGCAAAAGUGAAAAGGGAAAUAGCGUUUGGAUACAUAAGAGCUAAACUUGCCUUUUCGGAGCUCUGGCUUGAGUGAGAAAAACACAUUUAUCAAGUAUCUUCUGGUGAGGGAGUAACGUGCUGACUUUUCAAGCUGUUGGUGAAGGAAGCUUGAAAAGUCACAACAUGCUCCAAAAUGCCGCCAUGACGGACUUACAGGCAGCAUCACAGAGGAUCCAGGUGGUCCUGGAACUCCGUCAGCACCAGGUAGACCAGCCUUGCCAGGAGGUCCCUGCGACAUGAAGAAAGUAUGUUAGCCUGGUGCACAGAAAAUGAUUAAUGCCUAUGCACACUCACCCUCUCUCCGGGGUCACCGACAGAACCAGGAGGACCGGAGCUACCAGGGGGGCCGGUAGGACCCUGAAAGAGAGCGGGGGAACACUUAAAAGAAAGUAUUUUUUGUGAGGGACAAUGAUGCAAAGUUAUGAACUCACAGCAGGUCCUUCAGGUCCAGGAGGUCCCUCGAUAAGCAUACCCUGCAGAUAAGGUUCUACAUGUAAAUGGGGCUCAAUUUAAGAAAUAUUGAAUCACAUUUGACUCAAAUUUACAGUAAUGGUUUAAGGCAGAACCCAGUGACAAUGUCGUUAACAAAAAACAUCAAAGAUAGCAAUAGAGUAUACUCACAGGCUCGAGCACGGCAGGCUCUCCUUUCUCACCCUUCAUUCCUCUGUAGGCUCCCUGAGGACAAACAAACAAUAGCCAGCGACACGCCAGUCAGUAUGACACCGACACAAGACGUUACACUCUCACAUGGAAACAGGAAACCAUCCGUAUUCUGUACCUGCUUCUUUGCACAACGCCCCGUGAGGUGCUGCAGCCUCACCACACUGACUAAACUUGUGAUUGGUUUGUAACCAAUAACAGGGCACUUUAGAGACACUCACGUUCACACCAACACUGAGUGGCAAGUGAAUACACAACGCUGCACAGAAGUCAUGCAAGUAACCCAUUGACUUCUUGCGCGAAAACCUGGUAGUGCUGCAAACAAACUUAUUUUCCUCCGCUGACCGUUCUGCGUCUUAGCAGCUCUACAUGUGAACUAGGUGACAUAAAGAGCAUCACCAGCAGACAGCGCAAGAAUUGAUGCACUCUCAGAUGGCUUUUUAUGCACCACAUACAUAUUUCAACCAGUGAUGUGAGGACAGAAUCUUGCCAAGGUCCUCAAUGUUUGAGUAUUUGAAUCUUGGAUUCCACUUCUGACACCAAAUGUUGUGACUAAUAUUUUAUAUGUUCACAAAACAAAAACUGGAAAGCACAAAUAUUUGUCUACUGAAGCAUCUUUGGGACUCAAUGGGUAAAUCAACAGGAAUUUGUGACACUUUAGAUGGCAAGUACAAACUGACAAAUUCUGCCACUCACAGUUGGUUGAAAUGAUUAUUUCUUGCAUCUAAAGCAAAAUUACUUACGUCUGCCUCGUCUGUCACAGCGGACAGGGCGGGGCCAAUACCGGCUUCCUCCUUUCGGGCCUCAGGCAUGGGCUCGCUGUAUUCCGCAUAGGAAUAGUCGUAUUCCCUCGUUCCCACAUCUCCGGUCACAUACUCCUCGGUGAAGGGCUCCUCAACAACACCUUGUGUCUUGGUAGAGUCCACCUCCUCCCCCGCCAAGGCUGUGUCCACCGGUGUCUGCUUUGAGGUCCAAGCAAACCGUAUGGAAGGGGAAUAUGAACCCAGCGAGGGCAGUAGGAAGAAGGAGUGUUGUUUGUCAGGAGGGAAAGUUAGUGACAGAAGAGAGUGAAAGAGAAUAUAACGUAAGAAUGAGUCUUACCUUGUAAAAUAAGACGCAAACAAACAAAAGUCAUCAACAAUCAUAUUCUCACUUUUGUCUUUUUUGGGAGAUUAGCAUGUUUCCAACAAAGAAUGUCGGAGCUUCCAAAAACGUGCCUUCGAUCUAGAUAUGGAAGGCUCACACGACAUUAACUGAGGGAAACAUUUUGCCUCGGUCGACUGAUGGCUUCAGUCAUAACUUACCCUUCAAAAGGACUUACGCAAGGCCGGUGAACAAAAACCAAUCUAUCGUUAAACCUUGUGUUUGGCUAAAUAUGCGGAUAUUGCAGAGUUCAGUUGCUUAAGAACCAGAGACAAAGUUAAUAACACAACGAGUGAACUACAAGAAACGCACCACAUAUGUGGGUGCUCUUUAGUUCACUGAGAGCUUCCGUCAAACACCAAUGCACCACAUUUGGUUCCCCUUUUGUCACAAGACAUUUGUUGUCAACCCCACCGAGAUGACGAUCAAAUUAAGUCUUGGUGUUAAGGAAAAAGGGGACACCUUGUUAAAAUGUCAAUGUGGCGUAUGGUCCUUGGACAGGAGGCUUCUCUUCAAGUGGUCUUGUCUGGCGGUGGCAGCGCCAACAAAACUGUUGUGAAGUGUGAGUUACACAGUGGAAAGUAUGAGAGUAAACUACAAUACUGGGGUCACCAUUACAAUUCUCCUAAAUUUCAGAUUUUUAAGGAUUAGACUUGGUGGAUCCCUUUUUAAUAAGUGGUAUAAUACCGUUCACGAGGUCGUUGAUGUGUGUGUUACCUGCGUGGGGAUCUGCUCUUGUGCGACCACCUCACCCUCGGACUCUGGCAGUGUCUCCUCAUAGAAAUAAUCGGUCUCUGUGUUGGUGUUCCCAGCUUCGGAAUAUUCAGUGUCUACAUCCUGAUUGGUCGAGUGGGCAGAAAAGGGGGGAGCAGGGAGGAAGUAAGCAGAUUUGACCGGAAGAGCGAAGGUUAGUUCAAAGUCUGCUUGUGAGUGAUGAGUUUUAAGAAGAGAACACAACAGCAUUGUGGUUGUCUCGGUGGCAACUCACAUGUUUAACAAACAUUUGGGAAAAGAAAUGUCAGCCGCCCACCGACUAUAAACAUUGCCGCGUGCAAUGUUUAGGAAGUCGUCAAGACUCAGAUGACAUUUAUUUUCACUUUAUCGCAGGACAACCUACGGGGUUUGUUAGCGGGGGCUGGCUUACAAGAGCCAACGUUCAUCCAAGGAGAACGAAACAUCGCAAGUGAUGCUUUAGGAUGUUAGCAGCGCUCACGACCAGCAAACAACCCCUUAAAGAAAACAGCCUCACAGAACAAAUUUCCAUGUAUCAAGUCAGCUUCACAGAGGAAGCCAAGACUUUGGGAGAUUUGUGUGAGGCUGCUUUGUUCACAUGAUCAGAAGAAAAGCGCUUGUUGAAGAGAGGCGAACAAUAGAACAUGACAGCGCGAGGUAAUGUUGUAUUGUGUGGAGAGCGCCACUGUGUGUGUCGCCUGAGAUCGCUUUUGCUUUUCAUCAGUCCAUGCCAUAUUUACUUGACUGGCGUGCCAACGCCUUCCCGACAGGAGGUCCAGUUUGCACAGCUCGGAGGGAAGAAUGAACGUGCACAGUGAACCAUGCUUCAAUGUGCAACGUUGUAGUAUAUCAUAUGGACAAGCUGGCCGCACAGUGAAGCGCAUAUGAUACAUUUAACAACAACCCUCGCAUCUUGAAGGUCAGACUGUACACCACAGAAGCAGAAGGUGGAAAAAGCUGACCUUCAGAUGGCGCAGGCAGGACAUUCCGACCCAAACUAGAGUCGUACCUGUUGGUAACCGUUGUCAAAUUUCUUGGGAACUCCAGUGCCACUCAGCGCGGUCUUGUCAAAUGGUGGGAAAGGUUUGUGCAUGGACUUGAUGUUGAUAUCCACCACGGACUUGGACUUGGUGGGUCUUGGUGGGGUGGGCCGGACAGGAGCCGCAGUGGUGAGUACCUUCUUCACGACGGACAACUUCUCCACCACCGUAUUCAUGGCUUUACCGGCCGUAGGCUUGACAAGGGGGACUUUAGAGACCACCGAUUUUACUUUGACUUCUGACUUGACUUGAGACGUUUUAGAUGCUUUUGUGGGCUCAGCCUUUGCUGCUUUUGUGGCCUUGGGCGCUUUGGUAGCUUCUACUUUGGAAGCGGAUGUCGCCGCACUCACAAUAGUCUUCUCUAUUUUGACAACAGUCUUUGUUUUUGUAGUGGUUUCGCUUUUUGCGCCUUUCUUUUCUACCACAGUAACUUUGCUGUUGCUAGUAGCUUUAGCCUCACUGCUAGCUUUGUUCUCGGUUUUUCCGUUAACUUUGACCUUGACUUCUUUCACCUCGGCGCUUGUUUUCCCAUUGGCCUUGGACGCUGCUUUCUUCUCAUUGGAAGACUUUCCAAUACUGCUGACUGUCUUGUCUACGACCACCUUUCCGUUUACUUUGACCUCGGAUGACGCUUUAGUGGUUUUCACCACAACAGAUUUUCCAUUGGCCUUCUUCUCAGCCACAACUUUAGCGCUCUUAGUUGGGGCAGUUGUAGUCUUCACCUUAGCAGCCGAUGUAGUCUUGAUCUUUGACAAGAAGACAGCGGUGGCAGUGGGCUUGGCAGUGGGCUUAGAUUUUGGUGGUUUAGCUGAAGUCUUGGGCGCUUUGUUGGGAAUAGGAGGCUUGACUACUUUGAAGGACCCGCCCUUUGCUGGCUUAGCUGGGGUAGGUUUGGCUUUGACAAGAGAGGCUUUGGUGGGGGUGGCUUUUCCAUUUGUCUUCUACCACCCAAAUUUAUAGUGUGGUUGAGGUGUUGGUUUUGUGCAAGCGUGGUGGCAAAGACACAGAGAGGAGGAGGAGAUGCACAGGUUUGGGAGGGGGACAGAAGGGGAGAGAAAGACAAGAGUGGCUGUGUUGAGAAACAAUGACAUCAAGAUUGCAAAGGAUUGGAUUAUUUACUGAGACUGCACAGGCAUUACUGGAUACAGCAGAGUCCUUAUUUUUCAUUUGAAACAAUCAGAAGCACAUAAGACAUUCAAUUUGAUAUCAUUGAUCUCAGUGACUGAUUUCUCCAGUAAUGCCAUUCUCAACAUGAAACAACGAAGCAGUGUCGUUGGCCUAAUCAUAACCGAGCCGGUUGUUGAGCAAAGGUGUGUAGGGUGUGGCUGUCUCUGUGUAUAAAAAUUCUCAAAUGCUCUCACAGUACGAACUCAUACCAUGGUGGCUAGUUAGUCACCCAAAGCAUGCAAACAGUAAAAAUUAGCCUUUGUUGACUGGCCCAAAGAAUCAAUGCAUCUUCUGUUGGUCAACCUAUGUUUUUUAAUGUUUUCUUGAAUUGAAUUUGGAUUGGAAACAAAAUAGAACUGAUCCAUCAAAGUGGACCACAUUUGAUGGCAGAGAUGAGAGCGACACUCCUAGUUUAGCCACGCCCCUUUUCACCUCUGUAACAACCCAGCCAUGUGGACACAUCAAUACACAUGACGUGAAUAACACAAGAAAAACAACAAGCAGCAACAUCAAUUUGUUGAGGUGCGGUGGAUAUGAGCGGUCAGUGCGCCUGCCGAUUCCUCCUCUUAUUUGGGAUAUUCAUGGUUGUCCAAGUCCUCAUCAAAGCACUGGUUGGCAGGAUUAGGGAGGAAAAAAGUAGAUGAAGUUGGAAGGAGAGGAACAACCAAGAGGCUUUAUUCGUCAUUCCUCGGAGCAGAGAAAAUUUUGAAAUGUUCUCGAUUAAUGAGCGAGUGAACAUAUUAAUAGUUAUAUAAACCUCACCCACAACUGGAUAAAAAGUGAAUACAUGUAGUUUAUUAUUUUUCGUUGUUUGGAAUGAAUAAAACUGUGAGGCUCAGCCAUCUUCAUGACAAAAAAAAAGUACUCCACCCAACCACAACCGCAGGAGGACCACAAGAAGGUGAGGAGGAAAGUGAUGCUAAUGGCUGAGGAGAAGUUUAGGGAGGUCUAGAUGGUAAGGGAAAGAAUUUGGAGAACAGCACUUUGAUGACCCAUCAAAACCCUCAGAACUUGAUUUGUUAAUUCUGAGGCUUUGACAUGGACUCUGGCAUUGGGUUUCAUCCCAAAUUAAGAAGUAAGAUUAGCUCUGUGUAUAUCUCAGUUAUUGAGGUCAGAGUAAUCCACAAACAUUGGAGGCAAUGGAGACAACUGCACUGCCUGUCAUGGCCCCGAAAGUGCCCUCCCCCCAAAGGAACAAACCCACCGGAGAAACAUUCAACAGUCUUCAACAAUCGAAAAGGUUCCAGUUGUCUCCAUUCAACAUUUGUGGAUAAGAGGAGAUCAUUCCUGUUUUUAAACAUACUGAAAGUGUUCUCAUUUCAUUUCAAUCAGUUCUGUUCAGGUUGCCGGAUCAAGACAAUGUUUGCUAAAUGCUCAAAUAUCUGCUUUUGGUACUCACAUAUGUGUUGGGGUCCUGCGCCUGCGUCUUGGGCAGGGGGGAGUCGCAAUCGGGGCUGUAGUGCUCACAGAAGUCAUAGGCGGCCUGAGCGUUGGAGGCGAUCAGCAGCUGCUGAAUGUCUCCCUGAAUGGCAACACAUCCGAAACAAAGAUCAACAGAGAAGACACCCCCAGCCCUGGCCACUAGUGGGGAACAAAGCUCCUCACCUGGAACACUUCCUCGUCGAGCAGGCGGGCUCCGAACACGGUGAUACCGUUGGUGUCCACCUCGGCGUUGUUGCUGCGGGACAAAGGUCGGGUCAUCUUCUUCUUGCAGUCCAGAAGCAGGGUCACAUUUUUCUUGGACACUGAAAUUGCGAUGCGAUGCCACCUGCGAGUAGGAGGAGAAAGCCAUGAGUCAAGAAAUGUGACAAAAUAUAAACACGGUAGCUACUAUACAGAUAUGGAGUGCCAAAUACUGUAACUAGGGUUAUAUGAGAGCAAGAUUUUAUGGGAAGUGACUUGGCCCGACUUGUACCAAGGGACGUUAUUAGAACUUGAACAUUGAGACUCUCUACCUAAUUAUGACUUUCUUCCACCUCUGUUAUCAAUCCCCUCAACACAAAUAAUUCGGCGCUGUUUACUGACUUGCCAUCAGCCAGGUUGACGCCUUUGAAAAGCGGGUAAUCCUCAGGGGCUGGCUUGCCGUGCUGGUCCUCGUACAGGAAGACGGGUGAGCGGCCGAGCUCGAUACCCAACUGCUGGACUCCCUGCUCGCUAUAAAUAGAGAGGAGGAAGGCCUGGAGACCGGCGUGGGCCUUCACCAGGGCCAUGAUGGAGAAGUUCUCUGGGAAACGACCUGCAAUUGACGAGAUGCAAAUAAACUGUUUGGUCCUAGGAAUUACAAGUUCAAUUAUG